CUUUGGAAGUGAAUCAGUGAGUCUGAGACCUCAGAACUAUUCUCAAGAUCCAAAAGGAAGACGCGCACCAUGGGGUUCGAUUUGAAGCAAGUGGUGGCUGGCAUUCUCACCCUCACCAUGUUCGUGAUGCUUGGCAAUAUGAUCAAAAGGGACCAUUUUGAUUCAGUGGAAGACCAACUUCCUGGAGGAACAGAGUCGGCUGACUUUGGGAAAGCAAACUUUGAUGCUGCUCAUGUGAAGAAGAGUAUAGGGCUUUGGACUGGAGAUGCUGACGAGCUAAAAGCAUGCUGGGUUAAACCAUCUAUGGACGAUGUAGAGCAGACUGAAGGCUUUGUUACUUUUUCUUUGACUAAUGGUCCUGAGUAUCAUAUUUCUCAGAUUGCAGAUGCUGUGGUUGUUGCUAGACGUUUGGGUGCAACACUUGUUCUCCCUGACAUCCGAGGAAGCCAACCUGGUGACAAGUGGAACUUUGAGGACAUUUAUGAUGUUGAUGUGUUCAUGACAAGCAUGAAGGGGGUCGUUAAAGUAGUAAAGGAUUUUCCUGCUCAAAUAUCUACGCGGAGUCUUGCCGCUGUGAAGGUCCCUAAUAGAGUUACUGAAGACUACAUAGCUGAACAUGUUGAGCCGAUAUACAGAACAAAGGGAAAUAUAAGACUUGCAACUUACUUUCCUUCAAUAAACAUGAGAAAGGAAGGAAAUGCAGCUGAUACUGAUUCUGCCUCAUGCUUAGCAAUGUUUGCAAGUUUACAGCUACAGCCAGAAAUGAAGGAAGUGGUUGAUUCAAUGGUAGAAAGACUAAGAACCUUGAGCCGAAAGUUGGAUGGCCAGUUCGUAGCCGUGGACUUGAGGGUUGAGAUGUUGGGUAAGAGGGGUUGCCAAGGAAGUGAUGAUGAUGGAGUUAAAAGCUGCUACAAUGCACAAGAAGUUGCAGCAUUUUUGAGGAAGAUUGGUUUUGACAAGGAUACCACAAUUUAUGUGACUCAAUCAAGGUGGCAUAACAGCCUUGAUUCUCUCAAGGAAAUGUUCCCCAAGACUUACACAAAGGAAGCCAUCAUGCCUGCGGAUAAAAAGAUGAAGUACCUGGAUUCUGAAGGUUCUGAAUUCGAGAAAGUGAUCGACUUUUACGUGACUUCUGAGAGCAAUGUUUUCGUACCAGCAAUCUCAGGUUUGUUCUAUGCCAAUGUAGCUGGCAAGAGAAUUGGUUCGGGUAGAACUCAGAUAUUUGUCCCAGCUGAUAUUGUAGAUUCAUCUGCUUCUGCCUCCAAGUUUAUCUCCCCUUAUGUCUCCAAGAAAAACCACUUUGCCUAUUCUUGUUAUUGCUAGUUUGGUGUGAAGAUAAGUAAAUGUAUUGAAGCGUUCAUCAAAGAUGGUCUUGCUUCUCCAGUGAUUAGUUUACUCAAUGAAGGUGGAACACGGGGGUCCUAACCACCCACCGACAAUUUCAGUGUUAAUUUUUUCCCCUUCUUAGAUUAUGUUGACCUUUUUUCAUUAAAUUAUUAUUGUUCACUUUACCAAAGUCCCUGUCAUUUGAUGUGUACACAGUGCUUUCUUUUCGUUGUUAUGAAUUAUCUCUAGUCCUUAAUAUAAGAGCUCAUUUGACUA